AUGGACCCUCUCACGGCCAUCGGCCUGGCCGGCAACAUCAUUACAUUCAUUGACUUUUCCUAUAAAGUAAUUUCCGGAGUAAAUAAGGUCCUUUCGACCCCGAAUGGUAUGACCCCCGAGAAUGAACGCCUGAGUGUUUUGGUGGAAGAUUUGAAUGCUGUCACACACGACUUGGUCGCGGACGUCCCGGCCCGGACCGAAAACGAAAGGCAGUUCUGCGCCUUGGCUGCAAACUGUCACGCGUUGUCCGGAGAGCUCUCUCAAAUUCUCCGAAAUUUGAAAGUGGGAGACAGGAAAUCGAAAUGGCAGGGCCUGAUGGUGAAGUGGGACAGUAUGCGGAAGGAGAAGGAGAUCAUUGCGAUUGAGCAACGACUGAAUGGGUAUCAAUCUCAGAUUUUGAUCCGAUUGCAAGUCAUGUUCAAUCAGAAAACCGAUGAGCAGCACUUUCUAGUCAAUAGUCAGCUCGCAGCCCUUCGAAGUGAGGCCAAAGAACUUCAGAAUCAGGCGGUCUCCCAGCUGGAUGAGUUAUACCAGACCAUUUUGACGCUGGUUGAUUCCGUUAGGUCGGCUCCAGCACAAGAGAAUUCACGCGGACCCAAAGAGGGAGUGUUGGCCGAAUUGGGCGUUUCGUUGUUCAAAUUCCGGAAUGUGAUAACCACAAUCUCACAAGAGAACAAGAUCCUGGAGCGUCUGGCCUUUCCGUCUAUAUACAGUCGCGAGAACAGCAUUGAUAAUGCCGAGAGUGGGACCUUCGCGUGGAUAGUCGACGAGGAAUCUCAACCGGCAGAUGAUUGGAGCGACUCUUUUGUAGUGUCCGAAGAAAACCAUGAGGAGCAGAGGGAAAAGAGGCAGUAUGAAGAGGAAAAGAAAAAGCAGGAAGCCCUGCGAAAGUGUACUCGAGAGAAGUUUCUCACCUGGCUCAAUUCUGGCCGUCACAUUUUCCAUAUAUCAGGCAAGGCAGGUUCUGGGAAAUCGACCUUGAUGAAAUUUCUUUGCAAGUCGUCUCGAGUCAAGAGCGGAUUAGAAAGUUGGGCCCGGGGUCGCCCCUUGAUUUUUGUUCGAUUCUUCUUCUGGAAUUCGGGAGAUGAGAUACAGACGUCUCUCGAGGGUCUAUAUCGAAGUCUGCUGUUUGAAACCUGUAGGCAAAUGCCUAGUUUAAUUCCCCGCCUCUUCCCUGAGCUCUGGGGGAGUUCAACCUUCGGGUUUGCCCCGAUUCGUUUUGAUGAAGUUAGGGACGCAUUCAAUCGCCUAAUCCAAGAAGCAAGCUCCUCCAAAAGCUACUUCUGCUUUUUCAUUGAUGGUCUAGACGAGUUUAAGGGUGAUGAGGUCGAUCACUGGCGUUUUUCUCGAGAUCUUCAGUCUUGGACAGGACAAGCGGAGAAUAUCAAGCUUUGUGUCAGCAGUCGCCCUCAUGUUCCCUUUGUCCAGUCUUUCGCGAAUGACUUGAAUCAUCAAAUUAGUAUCCACGACCUCACCCGAGAAGAUAUUUUCAAGUUCAGUGUGGCCAUGUUUGAAAAGGACCCCAACUUCCAUCGUAUCAAGAACUCAUAUGCAGACUUGGUCAUUGAGGUUGUGAACGCCUCCGACGGGGUAUUUCUCUGGGCACGGCUGGUUGUGCGCUCCCUCCUGAAGAGUAUAGGAUAUCGAGGCAGCGAGAAAGACUUGAAAAGGAAGCUUCACUUGAUGCCCAAGGGGCUGGAUGACCUGUUCGAUCAGAUCCUUAGCUCCAUCGAUCCGGACGACCAGUUGCUCUCGGACCAAUUAUUCCUCUUGACGACUCCCAACUUCUGCAGGUGGCAGCCAACAGUCCGGAAUGCGAUAACAUACUCAUGGCUCGAGGACCUUGAUAAUCCACACUUCCCUUAUGAACUACCUAUGCGACCAUGCACAGAGACUGAGAUCAAUGAGCGACUUGAGCGUGUCUCGCAUGCGUUGGAUCACCUUUCUCGAGGCCUGCUAGAGAUGACCCGAAAGCGCAGCCGUGAAAGAGACGGACAUGAUUAUUUCACUUAUGAAGUGCGAUUUCUCCACCGCAGUGCCCGCGACUACAUUGCGAAUACCAGGGAAGCGCAAAUGCGAGCCCGUAUACCUGACUUUGAUGUUUACUCCGGGAUUAUUCGAUUAUUACUUGCAGAAUUCAAAUUUGCACGAUUCACACUACAUGAUACCAAACCAAGAGUAUGGGCAAUUGGGGGAGAAGGCGGCCCUUUGAGAAGGGCUCUCCAUGUGCUUUUCACCGUGAUGUAUGCUGCCCAUAAGUUUUGCGGAUACGACGUGCCAUCACGUUUCUUCGAGGAGCUCAGCCACAUUAUUCAGCAUCACACCCAUACGGGAGGGUCAAGAACACAAGUUCCCCCCAGAAAUGAGAUUCUGGAGCCCAAGGGUUGUAUAUGGGGGAUGAAUUUGCAACGCACCGGUCGUGAAUGGCUCACACAAAGAGGAUCAGAUCAUUCUCCCGAUUUCCUAUGCGAAGUUGUUAGGCGCGAUCUACACAAUUUUCUCUCACCUGAUCUAAUGAUCCGCCUGAAACAGCAGAACUCGACCUCGGGUCCAAAUCUACUCCUUACCGCUGCUACUCGAUCUGAAGACCUGGGAUUCGUACAAGGUCUCCUACGUGAAGGGCGGACCCCCAUAGAGAUGGUGCCUAUGGAGCCGAUCUUUCCCUUAGACAGAACCAACUUCGAGAGUUCCACAACAAUACCAGCUCCGCAGGCUACCAUUUCUGUGUGGUUGAUCUGGCUGUAUUGCUUCGUCGAGAAUUACUUCAUGGCUGGUUGUAGUAGUGAGCCACAAAAUCGAUGUCUUGAGGAGUUCUUGCAGUACGAUGUUGACCGCAAUGUGAUGUUUGUCGUGAGGAUAUUUGCCUCUGAACUGGCGGAUAACGACCAGACCGCUGAUGAAACUAGCGGCGAAUCGGACCAAAGGGUGGCAUUCGAGUUGUUGGAAUUCCUAGACUUAGUGCAACCAUCCAACAUGGAGACUCUCCGCACGAAACUUUCGAGCAAGGGAACCCGAGAAGUGCGACCAGAAGUGACGCCCAUCUACGGGCCUCCGAUUCCCCAUAAUCGAGGCUCUCUGUCCGAGGCCCUUGAAGAAAUUGUGACCGCGGGCAAAAUCAAUCGGCUUUGUGCAUUUGGACUGUGUCUCUGCCUCGAAAGUGUCAUCACCCCCUCCGAGCGGUUGGAUGUGCCCUUUAGUUUCCGGGUAACGUAA